AUGGGAGCAGCUGCAUCAAAGUCUAGGGUGUUGCCCAAGUCGUCUGUUGGCAGUGCGGUCAAGCAGAUGAAGCCGGGUUCCCAAGCUCCUGUGCCCAGUGGGCAGCCGAAGGACGAGGACUUCCUUUCAAAAGCAAUCUCCCUUGGAAUUGUCCAGGUCGAGUCCAAACCCCAAAUAAUCAAUAAGACGCACAAGUCUGUGACCAAUCUCGAAAACAGGCGGAAACUUGAGGAAGAACACGAUGCCUUGAUCGGAAAAGUCAAGGCGAAUCAGAACCUACGCUCGUUUGGCAAAGAGACCGAAACAGCAGAGAAGCCAAGUCAGGCUCCUAUCCCCAGAAGCACCCUUCAGAAGUAUGUGAAUACUGAGCAAUUAACGUCGAUGCUCCAAGACGCUGAAGAUUUGAAAGUGGGUGAUUUUAGCAAGAAGUACAACUUAGAGCCUGGAUUUGUGCGGACCAACCUGAUCCCGAUAUUCAACAGGAGGAUAAGAUUGCCCACACUGAGGGCAGAGCUUCCAGAUGAUUGGGAGACUCACCAGACGAAUUUCUCCGUGAGAAGGAUCAGGAAAGGAGAGUACAAUCUCGAGAAUAACCAGCAAUCGUUCCAGACCAAAGGUAAUCCUUUGCUUUCCACUAUAGACCAGGAGGCUGACUCUACGGAUAUGUCACAGACCCUCGAUACCACGCUGAUGAACAUGUUGGAUAACGGAGAAAGGGUGGACCAUUUCAAGGGUCAUGGUAUCAACGGGCCUGUCAAGUCAGAUGAGUUUAAGAGAGGUAAGAGACUGCAAUCGCAGAUCAAAGAAGUUAAAAGGGUUAUAUAG